CGAGGGGCCUUGACAGCAUCACACUGAGUAUAGACGGAGCAAUACUGAAUCAUGGAGAGCAACACUCAGAGAUCCCCUCUGUCUUCAUGGAGGGACUGCUUUGUAUUAAAACGGAUCCGUAUGUUGGCCCCUGUUGGUUUCAAGACAGAAAUAAAAGAGUUGUGCACGCUGGCCGGACCAGUGGUCUUGUCCCAUCUUAUGGCUUAUACAUUGGGUUUUGUAAGUGCUAUUUUCUGUGGCCAUCUGGGUACGGUGGAGCUGGCAGGGGUGUCUUUGGCUACAUCAGUUAUUAAUGUUAUAGGUAUAUCUGUUGGAAGCGGUUUGGCUUCAGCAUGUGAUACUUUGAUUUCUCAGACUUAUGGGAGCCAAAACUUUCUGAAGAUUGGGGUCAUUCUUCAGAGGGCAAUCCUCAUUUUGUUACUGGCUUGUUUCCCAUGUUGGGCAAUUCUCAUCAACACAGAGGCCCUUCUUUUGGCUGUCAAACAAGAGCCAGAGGUAGCCAGGGUGUCCCAGUUGUAUGUGAAGAUCUUUUUGCCAGCUCUUCCUGCUACAUUCAUGUAUGCAUUACAAACAAGUUAUCUGCAAAGCCAGAGCAUCAUAUGGCCGCCGGUAAUCACAGGUCUUAUAGUCAACAUUCUCAAUGCUGUCAUCCAGUAUAUCUUCAUCUUUGUAUUACAUCUGGGAAUAGCUGGUUCUGCUGCUGCCAACACCAUAUCCCAAUACUGCAUGGCUACAACUCUGUUUGCUUAUAUCAUUUGGAAAGGUCUUCAUAAGCCCACCUGGGGAGGCUGGACCAAAGAGUGCCUGCAGGACUGGGGCUCAUACAUGUACUUGGCCAUCCCCAGCAUGGUCAUGACGUGUGUUGAGUGGUGGUCGCAUGAGAUUGGAAGCCUUUUGGCAGGUCUAAUAAGUGAGGUGGAGCUUGGGGCUCAAUCAAUUGUGUACCAACUGGCAAAUAUUGCAUAUAUGUUCCCUUUGGGUUUCAGUAUAGCUGGCAAUGUAAGAGUUGGACAAGCGCUGGGAGGCGGAGACACAGAGCAGGCUAAGCUGUCUGCUAAACUGACAAUAUUCUGUGCAGGGUCCAUGUCUAUAUGUUGGUCAAUUCUCCUUGUCAGCUUGAAGGGCCAGAUGUCAUAUGUCUUUUCAGAUGAUGAACAAAUCCGGCAAAGGGUUACUGAUGUUUUGUCUAUAUAUGCUCCAUUCAUGAUCCUAGAUGCACUAUCAGCUUCCUUGGGAGGCAUUUUAAGAGGAGUAGGUAAACAGAAGAUUGGAGCCAUUUGUAACAUUUUGGGAUUUUAUGGUGUCGGUUUUCCCAUUGGUGUGCCACUGAUGUUUGCAGCCAAAUUGGGAAUCAUUGGACUAUGGAUAGGCCUUGUUACCGGUGUCUUUCUGCUGGUCAUAUUCCUAUCUUCUUAUUUGUUAAGAAUGAACUGGAAUAAAAUUACAACAGAGGCUCAAAUCAGAGCAGGAGUGGUUGGGAGCUCUAGAGACACAAGUCCACAACCAGAGGAUCCAGGGGACUCACAGGACAGUGCAGGAACAGACACCGUGGAGCUGGUGGACCGCGAGGCGGGGGGCGCCGCAGUGAGUCCGGGGGAGGAGGAGCUAGGCCUGGUUCUGGCUGUCAUGCUAGUCAUCCUGGCUGCUAGAAUCCUUAUUAACCUGCUGAUCAAUAACUUGGUUACAUGA